CAUUCGGAUAUUCGCAUGCUUGCUUUUGUUGUGCUUUGAAUAAAAAAUGUUAAUUGGUUUAUUAUCUUUUUUUUUUACUUUUUGCUGAGUCAACAACAUUACUUACUACAAAAAAAAAUACAUCUUGUACAGGAAUUGACGGGUUACGAGUUUACUCAAGCAAACCCUGGAUGAUGUAAAUAUCUCUAAGCUUUGUUUUGAUAUAUACAAAAAGCCCUAAUAUUCAUGUUCGUGAACCAAAAGAAUAUACAGUACACCAAAAACGGGUAUUUGGUGUAUUCUAAACUUUGAUUGGUUCAUUGUUUACAUCCUGUAUAAAUGUCGCUUGUUGUUUCUGCUGUUGUUGAUUAUCGCAAUGAUGCUGGUCUAAUUAAUAUAUACCAAGUACGUACUCCACCUAUUUUCAAAAGAACCCGUUGCAAGCUCAUGCAUAUCCUUUUAUAAAGAAGUGUUCAGAUAUUGGGCAGAUAUUACAGAGAGAAUUAUUGUCAUUGUGGAAACGUUGGAGAUCGUUUGUUAUGAGAAUAAGUUCUUUUCAAUAGUAUGAGCUUGUGAGUUUGUAUCCACCCACAUAGGCCUAGAUACAUAAUUCCGGAAUUUUUAGGAUUUUUAGAGUCAAACGGGAUUUUUAGAAAAUCUAAAGAUUUUUAGAAAAUUAUUUAGGGUCUUAGGAAUUUUAGGUAAAAUUCCUACCAAAUACUUAUGGAAUUUCGAUAGAAAUGUGAUUUAUUCCACUAAACCGAUCGUCAAUAACGUUUUCUGAUCAUACAAAAAGUACCGGUCAGCGGUUUACCCCAUAUUCCCAGAAUGCCUCGUUUGUUUCAAUGGAAGGCCUGGAAGCAUUGCUAGUUCAAAAUGGCAGAAGCAUCAGCCAUUGAUAUUGAUCCAGCCGAGCCCGAGGUUUUAAACUGCGUAAGAAAUGCAGAAGUCCAGUCUUUAUUGGAUGUUUUGAAGGCUCCAAGAGAUGGCGACCUAUCUAGGGAAAGGAAAAUUGCUGUGAAUCAAGGUGGAAACCGACGAGGGUCAAGGAACAAACCGACUUACUAUGAGCCAACAAAAGUUUCUGCUAAGCAACGCGUCGAAGAGUUCAAGGGGGAAGACCUUAUCGUACGCAAUAAUGAGGUUUAUUGUGCUGCUUGCAAGGAAGUGGUGAGUGUUAAAAUGUCCAUCAUGAAGGUUCAUGUUAAGGAGCUUAACAAGGAAAAGUUAAAGAAGCUAGGCAAGCGAGAAGAGGACAUUGUCCAAGCAUUGCACAAAUAUGACCAGGCACACCAUCCAAAGGGCCAGACCCUUUCGACAUCCACAAGGGUAUUUCGCAUCAAAGUUGUUCAAGCGUUCCUAAAAAGCGGCACAUCUCUAAAUCGCGUUGAGUUCUUUAGAGAAAUAUUCGAGGAAGCAGGAAUGAGUCUUUCAUCAUCUUCGAAUAUGCGACAGCUGAUUCCAUUCAUUUUAGAAGAAGAGUACAAGAGUACAACCAGCAUGAAAGGAAGACGUGUGUGGAAGAACCUUACCGGGAGGGUUAUGCCACGAUACAACUCGACCCGAUGGUGGAGUCUGUGGGAAUGCGCCAAGGUGGUACUCGAGGAGUGGGCGCACGUCUCUGCGUCACAUGACGAAGAGUUCGCGAAAGCAUCCUGGCAGAAGCUAUCCGAUGCACUACUACACAAUCCAGUUCAGCUAAGGGUUGAGUUUGCAGCCCUUAUGGAGCUUGAGAAGUUUGUCAAAGCGACCUAUACUUUAGAGGGAGACGGCGCUUUGGUUUUCAUUGCAUUUGAGAAGUUAGAUGAGCUAGGUGCGUUUAUCCACGUGCAGAACUGUCCUACAAUUGCAAACACCCUUCAACAGAUGUUUCCUAUGAAUGUUGCCGAUCAACGCAGGUGGUACCAGUAUGCCGUGAGAGAGUGCCUUGUGCCGGCAUUUGAUUACUACUCCCAGACGUUGGUUAAUGACGUAGUGGUGGCAAAAUCCGUCCGGGUAUUUAAAGCAGCACGACUUUUCAACCCAAAGUAUGUGAAAGUGUAUCGACCAAACGCUGCAGACAUCAACCAGCUGGAUGAAGUACCAUUCCUGAACAACAACGAGAUCCAGCCGCAGACAUCUGGCCAUGGUGGAAAGCAGUAAGUCAAGAACUCCUUGCAUGGUCUGCUGCAGUCCAACGAAUCGCGCUCGUACAGCCAUCAUCUGCAGCUGCUGAGAGAGUUUUUUCCCUGUUGGCC